AUGUCGAAAAGGUUUAAUUGGCUUUCUGCUUGGCCACGAAAUCAACUCGAAGAAAUGGACAUGUCCAAUUAUUUGUUAAAUAUGUUCCGUAGUCUUAAUGGAGGUUCCAAAGAUGAUGAUGCUCAAUCGGUUGUUUAUCAAAGGAGCGACAAUCAGCCAUUAAUUGUUCCUCCGAAUGUGAUGAUCAAAACUCCUUGGUUUGAGUAUAAGGUUCAUGAUUUUAUUGUGAAAAGGAGUGGAUUGAUACGGAGAAUGAUUGAACAAUCGAGUGAUGUGGCCAUUGUGGAUGGAAAAUAUGUUGUUGAUAUGACGAAGGUGGCAGAUAUUAGUCAGCAAAUAGAGUUGACUGAAGGAACAUAUUUGGUUAGAUCUGAUUUUGAUGUAGUUUUGGAAUAUUUAUAUGGAGAUAAUUUGAAUAUUAAUGGGCUAGCUGAUGAUCUUGGAAAAUUGAAAAAGAUUGUUAAAUUGGCAAGGUACCUUGAUUUACCAGCAUUGAUGCAAGAGAUG